UAGCAAACUCCUAACGCGUGCACCAGGUGUUCAGGAAAAAGAAGGUGAAAGGAGGAAUUUGGUCAGUGUAUUUCAGAAAAAAACAUUGUUCAUUAUUUAUCAUGGAGCAACCUGCGGCUGAUCAAGGAAUGGGGAUGAAGAGACCAGCUGAAGAGGACUACAACAGCAAUGUUCAUGCCAAGAGAGUGAAAGAUGAAGAGGGUGGAGUUAGUGGAGAACAGACAACUCUUCGCUUUUUACUUGAAAGCAGGGAUGCUGGUGGUAUCAUUGGCAAGGGGGGACAGAAUGUGAAAAGAUUACGUAGUGAGUUCAAAGCAGUGGUCAAUGUCCCGGAUACCAAUACCCCUGAGCGUGUAUUAACCAUCACUGCUGCUUAUGAUGAUGCAAUGGCCAUAUUUUCAGAGUGCUUACCAAAGAUCGGUGGGCGCCAAUCAAAUCCCAAUGGGAAAGAAAUCCAGAUGUUAGUACAACGAAGUCAGGUCGGGAGUGUGAUUGGGCAAAAAGGACAGAAAAUUAAGGAAACUCGAGAGAAAACUGGAGCACAAAUCAAGGUUCAUUCUGAUUGUUUACCUGGAUCAACAGAAAGAGUCGUGUCUAUUCGCGGUACUGAUGAAGUCAUUGUACAAUGUGUCAGAGAAGUUAUCGAUCAGUUAAAUGAAUCUCCCUUGAAAGGGUCAGUGUCCUUGUACGAUCCAGCUGGCAUGAAUGACUGGGAUUAUGGUGGUGGUUAUGGACCCAGUGGAGGUGGCCGUGGACGUGGAGGAGGCAGAGGACGGGGGGGUCGAGAUGGAGGAAGAGGAGGAUCUCGUGGAGGUCGCGGGGGAAGAGGUGGUUUUGGUGGUGGUGACAAUAUGGGAUACGGAGGAAACUACUCACAAGAUUUUGGUGGUGGAAACGUGGGAGGUGAUGUGGGAGGUCAGUGGAAUCAGGGGGGGCCUUCAGCAGGAGGAGAACAAACUACAACACAAGUUACCAUUCCCAAAGAUUUGGCAGGGUCUAUUAUUGGAAGAGGAGGAGAAAGGAUAAGACAAAUAAGAAGUCGCAGUGGCGCAAACAUAAAGAUCGAUGAUCCUCUUCCGGGUUCAAAUGACAGGAUUAUCACCAUUGGGGGCAACCAAUCCCAGAUUAAUUUUGCUCAGUUUCUUCUUCAACAAAGUGUACGACAAUACUCGGGCAAGAAUUACUAAACUUGGCCAAAUUGUCUGGCUGGACAUGCCUAGUCACACUAAGUUUCAUCACUGUUAGCUUCUCAUGACAAGUUCAGGGACUUUUUUUGAACAAAAUCUUUUUUCCUUAAAAAAAAUCUCUAUCUGGAAAAUCUAUAUUUCCUUAUUUGUAAAAAUUACUUUGCCAUUUUAAAAUAGUGCGAUUAAGUUAACUGAAUUCUAUUCUGCUCUGACUUUUAUUUGAUCUUAGUUUUCCAGAAAAGUGUAAUUUGCAUUGUUCUGAGAAAUGGGAUACCCACUUUGCAUUAAAGAUUAAGCAGUAGUUUGUUCACUAGUGACUCGGGUAGAAAAUGCUGGAUAAAUGUGAUUUUUUAGCAUCACUACAGAUUAAGUGUAAUAUAGAUAAGUGAUUGAGCCUUUUUAUUAGUUCUUUUUGUAGUUGUUUUUUUUUUUCAUUAGUGAUUGACUUAGAAAUGGGUUGUAAAUCUGGUUCUAUUAUGUAAUGGAUUCUUAAAUUUUGUUGUAAACUUAAUAAAGCCGUUUGACUUGAAAA